AUGCCGAAACCAUACAAUAAACCUCAAAGGCGUAGAUCUUUUAUUGGACAAUGGGACAAAACUACCAAAGUGGUGAAUGUCAAACAAAAAUACUAUGUUAAUGAGGUUGAUAAAUACACAGAUAUUCAAAAAGCAACUUUUACUCGCUGGGUCAACAUUCAGUUACGCUCGAUUCAUCAAUAUGAUUUUUUAAACUCCGACAAUAAUUCAUCGAAUCCAAAUGAAAGUUUAGCAAAUAGACUUCCUGAAAUUAAAGCAAUUGAUAAAGAUUUCAGAGACGGUACUAGAUUGAUUGAAUUAUUGCAGGUUCUUUAUGAGGGUGACUCAGAAUUACCGAAAUGCGAACGUGGUGGUAAUACAAGACACCAUCAUAUUGCAAAUGUUAGUAAUGUUUUAGACUUUUUGAGAAAUCGUUUGGAUGAGUCGGGUCUGGCUGCUUUACAAGCCAUCGGACCCGUUGAUAUUGUUGACGGUAAUGUGAAAUUGACAUUAGGUUUAAUUUGGCUGGUUAUUUCAAGGUUUCAUCAAAUGGUCAGUGUAUUUGAAGAAGUAGUAACCGAAGAAGA